GGAGUAUAUAAAGUGAUAGGGAAAUUGCUUAGAUUCCCAGUCUAGAAGGGAAUGGAUGGUUUCCCUAAGCUAUUUAUCCUUUAUCUUUUUCCUCAGAAUUCCAGAAACCCAGCUUGGCCACUUGGAUCACAACUCAUGCAGUUAUGGGAGUGGGUUUGAUAGUGAUGGAUACAGGAAAUAGAUAGAUAGAUAGCAGAGUGCAGGUCUUCUUCUAUGAGCGGUCACUGGCAUGCAACAGUCCACGUGGCAGCCUGGGCGCCACUGCUCAUCUCCCCUCUGUAUUAAUGCUUACAUGUACACAGACCUCCUUCCCCAUCUCUGUAUUCCCAAGAAUUUUAUUGCCUUUCCAUUUUGUAUUUUCUGAUUGGGUGCAUUUUCCCUGGGUUUCUGUAAUGGGGUUUGUGGCUCAAAAGAUGUAUGAACAGGAAAAAAUUUGACGAUCAUCUAGAGUACCUUUUGUAGAGAUGAAACAUCGGUUCUGAAAGGCUAAGGAUUUGAAGGAUAGACUGUUCCGUCAUCUGCUUAAUUGCGUUGCUGAUGAUGAGUGUUAACAACAACAACGUGGAUAUAGCGCUUGCUAUGGGAUUUUCCGAUCACACUGUUAAGACGAAACUGAACGAUGAUUCAGGUGCAGGUGUAAAUGCAGGCUCAGGAUUGCACAUAUUUGCAGCACCUGAUCCAUUAUCUGAAUUAGUAUGGACUCCGGGAAAAGGUUUGAGUCUGAAAUGCGCCGAUAACAGCUUAGCUAAGAAAAAACCCAUUCUUCUAUGGAAUGUGGCACCGAGCAACGAGGUUUCUUCACCACCAGAAAUUAUCAGAUUCAAUGGCAUUAAUGAUGAAAAAGAUAUCGGUGAAGGGAGCACCAAUGGAAUGGAGAACAUAAAUCCCGCAGAGGUAGAUGGUAAUGUUGAUACCAAUCAAAAUAAGGAAUCUCAACGGGAGAAUGAAGAGAAGGAUCUCUCCGUUCUUCAGACGAUAGGAGAGGGUGAACGUGAUUCAAUACCGCCACAGGAAUCAGAUAAAAAAGUGGCUGUGAAAGAAGAAAGAAGUAAAAGGAAGAUGCAGAUUUCUUGUCAUAAAAGGAAAGGUAAAGGGAAAGCUUUGUCUGAUAGUGAUGAUUCCAACGGCAAAAUGUCAAGUAGCGAGGAAGGCAGCCACGAGAGUGUGGAAAGCUGCAACAGUGCCAGGAUUUUUCCCGAGAGCAAGAAUCUAGAAAACUCUGAACAGCCAUUAUAUUUGGGGAGCAAAAGAGUCAAAACGCAAAUGCAAAGAAACGUUGCUCCAACAUCCCCCAUAGGACAUGGCAGCUCGUUUUUCACUUGGAUCUCUAAUAUGGUGAACGGUUUAUCAAAACCCAGCCAAGAAGAAGUUCCUCUGCUUGCACUUACCGUUGCUCAUUCUAAUCUGGGGCACGAGGGUAAUCACAAUAUAUGGAGCACCUUUGCAAUACCAGAAAUAAGAAUAUCAAAAGACGAUAUUUCUGCUGGAGAAUCUAAAGAUGUUCUCGUGGAUGACAAGAUGAUUAUUGACGUUUCGCCAACACAGUGCCCUUGGGAAAACGAUGGAUCAGAUGAACAAAUUCUCGUGUCAAACGAUAAAAUCAUCACAUCUGCAUCAGCAAACGUGGAGGGGGUAUCAACUAAAUCCACUUCAGCAGAAAACAAAGCUUUGGGCAGUUUGGAAUGUAGCAACUACGAGAAGUCGAUACAUAAAUUAAACCCUAUACCCUUUCCGAAGUUUAAGAGCUCAGAGGCUAUGACUUGUUUGUUCGCUAGGAGAUUGGAGGCCUUUAAACACAACAUACCUUUUCCCAAUGCAAGAAAUGAAGCGACUUGCAAAAAAGCAAUUUGUUUAUUCUGUGGCAAAAGCGGGGAUGGUUUCUGUAACUGUUCAGAGGCAACUGAAAGUAAGCGGGAGGAUCUUCUAAGAAAUAUCGGUUCAUAUGAUUGGACUGAAAAUUCUCGUUCCUUGUUCAGUAGAUGCUUACAACUUGAUCAUUGGGCUACUACGUGUCCAAUCGUAUCUUCAGGCAAGCAAUACUGCGGUACUAAUAAUUUGCCGCUCUGUUCAGGUGACGCCUUUCUAGCAAAGGAGGAAGGGACUUACAACAUUAUUGUCAAUCACAUUGGUCGCUGCAAAGAGAAAUCUGGCAUUGUCACCGACACUAAUAACCUAGCACAAACUCGUGAAUCAAUCUCUGUUGAAAGAAAAGCGAGAUCAAGUGAUGUUCCAGAAAACGUGGCUUCAAAUCCAGGAGAGAAUGUGUUGAAAGGAACCGGAACCGGUGUUUUACCUUUGUCCACUUUUGGUAGCAAAGAGACUGCAAGUGUCCCGAAAGGAGCUUUUGAUGCUAUAAGGAGGCUUCGUUUGUCCCGUGGGGACAUCCUCAAAUGGCUGGAUUCAAAUGCUCCAUUGUCGCAUUUAGAUGGAUUUUUCUUGCGCUUGAGAAUGGGCAAGUGGGAAGGUGCAUUAGGAGGAACCGGCUACUACAUUGCUCGCAUAAGUGGCAUAACUGGGUCCCAACAAGAAUAUUCAGCAAAAGAUGCUAAGAAGUGCAUCUCAGUAAGUAUUUGUGGCAUCACAUGCUCUGUUGGAAGUCAGUACGUCUCCAACCACGACUUCUUGGAGGAUGAGCUCAUGGCUUGGUGGUGCAAAACCUCAGAAAGUGGAGGGCAGGUUCCAUCAGAGGAUGAACUAAGAUUGAAAGUUGAACAGAAGAUGAAGUUAGGCUUCUGAAAUCCUGCACUGAACAACUUCUGCUCCAAAAUUCCUCAAGAUUUGCCAUGAAAAGACCAAAGAUCAAAGUUUUUUUGCAUUUCCAUUUCCCUAUUGGUUUGUAAUAAAUCAAACAUCUGGUUUGUUAAUGUCUCAAAGGUGACAACAGUCUGCAAUAUACACAUACAAACAUAUAUGUGAAUACACACAUAUAUAGGAUUGGAAUCAAAUAAAAACCACAAACUACU